AUGAUCCCCCCGAGAGCCAGAACCAGGAGCAGCAGCCGCCAGAGCAGCCAGGAUGAGGCCGGGGCGGCGCCAGAGACCGCCUGCCGGCGGGCAAAGGCCGCCUCGCCGGCGGCCGCUGCCGCCGCCGUUCCCGCGCCACGCGGGGCCGCCGUGGCGAGCGCCGCACCCAGGCGUGCCCGCGCAGACCCCGCGGACGGCGGCAGCGCCGCCAGGCGGCGGCAAGGGCAGGGCCUGAGCGAGGAGGACUUUACCUGCGCCGUGUGCUGGGACCUGCUCCUGGACCCUGUGGUCUCUCCCUGCGGCCACGACUUUUGCGAGCACUGCUUCCAGCGCUGGGCGGUGGUGCAGGGCAAGCAGUCGUGCCCCACGUGCCGCAGCCAGCUGGGCGCCGAGCUGCCCGGCGUGUGCCGCCGCCUGCAGCACACGCUCGAGGCCAGCUUCCCGCAGCGCGUCAAGAAGCGGCGCGCGGAGGUGGCGGAGCAGCGCGAGGCCCUGGCGGCGUGGAAGCGCGCUCGGGAGGGAGAGGCGGCGGCGGCGGCGGGCCGCCAGGCGGGCGCGCUUCACGAACCCGACCUGGUCAUGCCGGCGGUGCAGCAGCCCCAGGCGCAGCAGGCGCAGCAGGCACAGCAGACGCAGCAGGCCGACCCUCUGCACCAGCUGCUGUGGGGCCUGCAGUCUUCGCCCGCCACGCUGCCCUGGCACCCGCCGGCGCAGCAGCAGGAGCCUGCGCUUGCUGCUGCCGCAGCGGGCGCCGCGCCGCCUCGCCGCCGCCACCCCACCACGCGGCUGCAGGCGGCGGCAGAGCGUGCCGCUGGUGCGGCGCAGGCGCAGCAGCCGCAGCAGCAGGCUGCUGGCAGUGGAACGGCCUGGCCCCUGGCCCCACCCCUGGAGCAGAUGCAGUUCAGCGUGGGCUGGCACGACAGCCGGCCACGGCGGCGCCGGCCGCGGCGUGGCGCCCGCUGA